GGCACCUGAGGGCGGGGUGUCCGCUGGGAGGGUACCUGACCCCACAGUGUUACACACCUUCCCUCCACACGCACAACACAGCCUCUCACUCUCACCUAAAUACCACACAUCUAACAUCCUCUACGUAUGUGAGUGUGAGACAAGCGGAGGUGUUAGUGGUGCGAGAGGCGGUCAACCCGCCCGGGGCGACGCGGGUACUGCGCGCUGGUAAUGUUAGAGUGUUGCCCACUAUCCGGUGUCCCAUGCCAGUCACCACCCUGGGCCCUGGCAGUGUUAUGGUGGGCACGUCCCCCUUGGUGUGGACUCGGCCUCUCUAACUGACUGAUCAUGUGGACAAGGCCUAUUGGAAAGGACUUUGAAUGGUUUCUUGGGUGUAGUGAAGAAUUAAGGAAAGGUUGAGGACUGGUGAAGACGACGGGCGGUGAUGGAAGUGGUGGAGACACUGGUGGCCGUGGCCCUCGGGGUGUUGGCUGCCGUGUUCCUGGGCUCCCUGGCUGCUCUCGCCCUUGUCUGCUACCGUCGGGCGAUCCACUCCAAGCACCACCUCUUCUACAGCCAGGAUAUAAGACCCGAGGGGCUGAUGAACAGUGGGGAGCUGUGGAGUGAACUGGAGCUGGACGAUGUUCGUCUCGCCCCUCAGAUAGAUAAGAUCCUCAAUGAUACACAAUGGGUUGACGACGCUACUGGUUUAAUCCCACACUGUCUGGCCAUUUUGAAGUUGUGUCACCAGAUGACGGAGAGACUCGUGGCCACCACCAUGACGCCCAUACACAAGGAAAGACUCCAUGAUAUUAUUGAGGUGACGAGGCGCCUCUCCCCACGGAUAGACGACGUGGCGCGAGCCAUGUAUCCUCCUCUGGACCCCAGGCUCCUGGAGGCUCGCUGCUCGGCACUCAUCCUCACCCUCACACUCUUGGCUUGGCACGCUCGCUACUCCACCUCCAACUCUACCGUCACUCUCAUCAACGAGGCACUCAAGGACAUGGAUCGCCAUCUCAUUGUGCUGCGCGAGGCUGCGAUGGCUCAUGAAACCUACCAUGGCAUCUUUGCUGAGGACGCCGCGUGUGCUGCUGCCGAGUGCUGACUGCACCAUUCUUUCAGCUACUGAAUACUUACUGGACAUUCCACUCAACUUCACUACCAACUACGGUACUUCACAUGUUAGCAAACACACUUUAAAUGAGGAAUAAGUCUCUUCCUUGUUUGCCACGUACCAGUGUGUCUGCAUCUUGGCUCACAACUGAGGGGAUUCAGAUUCAAUAUCUGGGAAGAACAAAAGUGGUUGGGGACAUGUCCAUUCACCUAAUGCCUCAGUUUACCUAGCAGUUAAAAAGGUAUCCUGAAAUUAGGCAAUUGUGUGUGGCAAACACACAACGUAACCACAAUGUUAGUUUAAUAAUAUUUCGCCGUUACAACAUAUAAUGUUGUGAUUACAUUGUGUAUUAACCUGGACAGACAUAUGGAGUACAGGUACAGACCUGGGCAGUAUACACACCUGGAGUACAGGUACAGACCUGGGCAGUGUAUGGAGUACAGGUUUUCCGACCCCCAACAGCGGGAAUUAAAAUCUGGCCAGUUAUACUGUGCUGACCAGGAGUUGCUGGCGCCUGAGUACAGCAAGCACCCCGCGCUCACGAGCUGAAAAAAUCGAAUUUAACAUGUUUUUAGCCUAACCAUAAUCGUACAAACAUCGACAAACCCACCAACCCUAUCAUCCCGAUGCUCGUUAGUCCAAGAAUGUGCUAAAGUUGAGUUGCUGAGAUUACAUUAGUGUGUACAAACUAGGACGUUCCUACUGAAAACGGCCAAAUGGAGGUGUAUUAAGCCUGAGGCUGGGCUGCAGCCUCAUAUAUGGUCUUGACUUUAGGACGGUCUUGUAAUUCUGAACUGAAAUUGCAUUACUUAUAUGUUUUAUCAUGGUGAUGACGACUGCACCUUGCUCGUGGUUGAGCAUUGCAAUGUGUAAUGCUAUCACGUCCUAUGUAAAAAUAUGGUUGUAAUUUUAACAUUACCUUUUACUCAUACAUACAAAACUCAUGACCUUAUGAUCAGGAGGUAUAAAUCCAAACAGAAUUCAUUGUAUAUUGUUUCUACACUACAUUUAUCAAUCCUUGACAUUCAAAAGGCAGCCCGUCCUCCAAAAUGGGGAGGUAAAUGUAACAACACAAGUAAGUGCAAUUAUGUACUAUUCAUAGCAGUCAGGAACUGUACUUAUUUUCACUUAGUAUUAAAUCGUACUGUCAAAUAUAUUGUGAAUAUUUGAGUUUACCUCAAAAGCUGAAUAGAAAACCACAACCUAACCUAACCUUCUUAGUGUGUGAAGAUAAGCAUUUUAUUGCUAUCUUAAUUACAGUUAGUACUUAACCUACAUCUAUGUUGAUAUUACAGUUUUAUAAAACUAAUAAAACACAACUAAAAUAUAUCAAUAAAUUGUAAAGUAACUCAGGAUAUUUUCAAUUUUUUUUGUAAAAUCGCUAUUGUUUAAUUAAACUGAAAAAAAUCCUUAUAUUUAAAACUUGUGUAUAACAAAUUGUACACGGGGAAGACAUCUCCCGUCACGCAGGGUGCAGCCGCACCUCCACAGGUCUCCAGUAUCAUCUAUUGAUACUGGUAAUGGCUCAAAAGGGCCACCACUUACGGGCUAUUCGUGCCCGUGCCACCUUUUGGGUGGCUUAAUCUUCAUCAAUCAACAAAUUGUACUUAAUAACUUCAUCCUAAAAGUCUGAGUGCCUAACAGAAAACGAGGAGAAUAAAUGGAGAGGUAAAUGUAACAGCCCCAUAAGUGCAACAAUUCGGAGGAUGGGUUGCCAAAAGGAUAUUAUAAGCGGCAUAUGCUAGACUGGCCAACAUAAGAAC